CUCGAACAACAUCUAAAAAGAAAUAAGUACACAACGCCAUAACCGCCCGCCAAAAUGAAGAUUCUCAGCCUGAACUUUUUGACUUGCGCGGUCAAGGCCUGCAAGUCUUCGGCGGCCUCGUUCCCCCUCCACCCCAAGGACGCGGAGCUGGUGCAGGACGAUGUCGAGGUCAAUCCCCAGCUCCUGCUCAAUGUCCUGCCCCGCUUAGAUUGGACCGCGCUGCGAACGAACGCGACCGAGCUGGGCUUCCCUGAACUGCCUUCCGAGGCCCCCUCGGCGGAACAGCUCGAGGGCGACGACAAGAUGCUCAAGGAUCUGCACCACCUGCUCAUGGAGACGCAGAUCAUGGAGGGCAAGCUCGUCUGCGGCAACUGCGGGCAUGAGUACGCCAUCCGCGAGGGCAUCGCCAACUUUCUGCUGCCGAGUCAUCUGGUUUAGGCCUCCGUGUACGUUGGGAGGCGACGGCGGAUAGUGACGGCGGUCUUUGCAGGCACCGAUGCUGGAAACACUCGAGACCACCAGGUC